AUGGAGGAUGCCUUGACAACAGCAAAUAUGCCCGCCGAGUUCCUCGAGGACGUGUAUUUCGUCGACCAUGUCCCCCUCAUGGCGCUACAAGCCGACACGCGUAUCUCUUAUGCUCUAUACAUCCCAAAGGACCACUAUAACCCGGACCCGAGCAAAAGCGCCACUCCCAAGAAACUCCCUUUGCUCGUCUACGUCCACGGCACCGGUCGGAACACGGUUGCCAUCUACGAUGAGCUCGUCCCCUUUGCCGAUUCGACUCCCUGUGCCAUCCUUGCUCCCCUGUUCCCCGCCGGCUUGGACGGCCCUAACGACCUCGAUUCGUACAAGGAGCUUAAAUCGGAUACGCUCCGUUCGGACCAAGCUCUACUACAGGUUCUCGACCAAGUCGCCUACCGCUGGCCCGGCCUCGAGAUGGAGAAGGUGUUUAUGAUGGCAUUCUCCGGCGGUGGCCAAUUCGCCCAUCGAUUCAUGUAUCUUUACCCCGAAAAGCUCGCCGCAAUCAGCAUCGGUGCCCCUGGACGUCCUACAUUCAUCGACGACACCCAGAACUGGCCCGUCGGAACCAAGGACGUGAAGACCGUAUUCGAAAAGACCAUCCAGCCGGACGUCAUUGGAAAGCUUCCUAUUCAGCUCGUCGUUGGCGGUAAUGACACCGUGAUCCACGGAGACGAGGCUUUCUGGGAGUGGAAGAAGGAGACUCUCGGUAGCGGAGGACUUCCCCCUAUGAACAAGACCCGUCUUGAAUCGAUCCAGGAGCUCCGCGCGUCUUGGGAGGACCUGGGGAUUAAGACCCAGUUCGAUGUCGUUGGCGGUGUGGCCCACGAUGAGAAGGGUGUCCGAUCGGCUGUCUUGGGAUUCCUCGGCCCUCAGAUCAAGAAGAGUGCUUAG